UGGAGCCAGGGGCAACUUUGAGUUUUCUCCGUGAUUUUAUUUUUUUCUCUCUCUCUCUUUAAUGUCGGCCGCCAUGACCAUAUCAAAGCUUUCCAUCGCUUUGCUUUUAGAGUGGAAAUGUUUACAUCGAGCCGUGUAGGCUCGUUUUAACACUUAGUUAUGGAUACGUGACGGCGAAAGAAGUUAGAAACUUUCCCGAUCCUGGGAGCGCAGCACAAUGGACUGCAGGCAGAGGAAGCGCUCCGGAGGAGGGACGCUGUGGAGGAUUUACCUCUAUCUAGCCUGCGUGUGCUCAGCGUCCGCUGAGCUCAGAUAUUCCGUAUUGGAGGAACUAGAUCCAGGCUCCGUGGUUGGAAACAUCGCGAAAGAUCUGAGCCAUACGGCUCAGAGAAUCGUCCAGAGGAAGUUACGGGUGGUCUCCGAGUCAGCGGUGGAGUAUUUCGAGGUGAAGCAGGCAACUGGUGAUUUAAUUAUUAAACAAAAAAUUGACAGGGAACAACUGUGCGAACUGAGUUCAACGUGUUCACAACAAAUACAAAUUAUGCUGGAGGACCCGCUGGAGAUUCAUCGCGUCAUGGUGGACAUCCUGGAUGUGAACGAUAACGCGCCGCAGUUUUCAACCAGCAACAUUUCUCUGGAGGUGUCGGAGGCGGCCGCGCCGGGCACGAGGUUCCGCUUGGAAAGCGCGCACGAUCCAGACGUGGGCACCAACUCCUUACGCACUUACCAUGUGGCCACAAAUGACUUUUUUACACUGAACGUGCAGACUAAGAGUGACGGCAGCAAGUUUCCAGAACUUGUUGUGGAUAAACCUCUGGACAGAGAGAAGCAGGCCUCAUUUCGCCUGUUGCUCACUGCCGUGGAUGGGGGUCAGCCGGAGAAGUCUGGCUCGACUCUUUUGCUCAUUAAAAUUCUGGAUGUAAAUGACAACGCUCCGGUUUUUGCCGAGACGGUGACGAAGGUGACGCUGUCGGAAAACGUCGCACAGGGCACUUUAGUUACGAAAUUAAAUGCGACUGACGCUGAUUCUGGCAGCAACGGUGAAAUAUCAUUCCUGUUUAGUAAAUACACACCAGAACGUGUUCUCCAGCUUUUCACUGUGGACUCCAAGAGCGGGGAGAUCCGUGUGAAGGGGGAUGUAGACUACGAGAAGGCCGCAUCUUAUCACGUCACAGUGCAGGCCAGAGAUGGGGGAUACCCUGCCAUGGAGGGUUCCUGUAACGUCAUAGUGGACAUCAUCGACGUGAAUGACAACGCCCCAGAGGUGACACUGAUGUCACCGAUCAGUUCCAUCAGAGAAGACUCGCCUCCAGAGAAAGUGAUUGCUGUCAUAAAUGCUAAAGACCUGGACUCUGGAGACAAUGGGAAGGUUACAUUAACCAUCCCACCAGGUUUGCCAUUUAAACUUAUUUUAGCCUUUGAUGGCCAUUAUAGUUUGAAAACUGCUGGCAGCCUGGACCGAGAAACCAUCCCAGAGUACGCAGUGGUUAUCAAGGCAACCGAUGCUGGUUCCCCACCACUCUUAUCUCAGAAAACCUUUGUAGUGAAGCUCUUGGAUGUAAAUGACAAUGCUCCAUCUUUCUCCCAGCCUUCAUACUCUGUGGACAUCCCUGAGAACAAUCCCCCCAGCUCCCCGAUUGCUGCUGUUUCUGCCACGGACUCCGACCUGGGUGAGAAUGCUCGGAUCUCCUAUUCCAUCCUUCCCAGCAUGGUCCAGGACUCACCCAUCUCAUCUUAUGUGUACAUUAACCCAGAAACCGGCCAAAUAUACAGCAUGCGCUCCCUUGACCAUGAGAAGCUCAAUGCUUUCCGCAUUCAGGUGCAGGCCCGGGACGCAGGGGAACCCCCAAGGGCAACAAAUGUCACUGUACAUGUCUUUGUUGUGGAUGUGAAUGACAACUCACCAGUGAUUGUUCAUCCCUCCUACUCAAAAGACAAAAGACUGCAGCUCACUGUACCCCCAUCUGCCGGCCCCGGCCACGUCAUAAAUAAACUGGUGGCGGUGGAUGCAGACAGUGGGCACAAUGCGUGGUUGUUUUACUCAAUCGCUCCUGGACCAAAUGUUGGCAUGUUCCGUAUCGGGGCCCACACCGGGGAGCUCCGCACAGCCCGCAAAUGGGCCGAAGAGGAAGAGGGCUCUACUUAUGACAUAACAGUCAUCAUCCAGGACAACGGUGACCCACCAAGGUCCAGCUCGGUAAACAUCACCGUAACUGUGGAUGAGAAAGCCACAGCCAUCGACGUUCCAGUGAACACUCGCCACAACCACUUCUACCACCACAAUGGAAUGUCUAACAUCACUUUAUAUCUUAUAAUCUCUCUCGCAUGUGUGUCGGGUGUAGCUUUCAUCACGUUUGUGGUUCUCAUGGUGCGCUGCCUAAGGCACCGUGACUCAGGACUGGGAGACUCUGAAUGCUGCUGCUAUGGCCGCCACAGGUCCAGCCGCUACCAUCAGAGGCCCGGCAAAGACCUGCACCUGCAGCUCAACACUGAUGGACCCAUACGAUACAUGGAGGUGGUGGGAGGGCCCCAGGAGCCACACACACGCACCUAUCGACCGUGCUACUCCACUAUAUCUAGUCGAAGCGACUUUGUAUUUAUGAAGACACCCAUGCUGAGUCAUAACAACACGCUCAACAUGACGCUCAGCAGGAAGAACCUCAUGAACUCAGCCAUUGAGCAAAAGCCCCCCAACAAUGACUGGCGCUUCACACAAGGACAGAGACCUGGACCUAGUGGUCCCCACAUGCCGUACGGUACACACAUACGAUGGACGCCGAAGAAUGGGACAAGGGCAACUGGAGGACCCGAGGUAGCCAUGGGAACUGGCCCCUGGCCCCAGCCCCCCACUGAAGCCGAGCAGCUUCAGGCACUGAUGGCAGCAGCCAACGAAGUAAGUGAGGCGACGGCCACCCUCGGGCCCGGCACCAUGGGCUUGAGCACCCGCUACAGCCCCCAGUUCACCCUGCAGCACGUCCCCGACUACCGCCAGAACGUGUACAUCCCCGGGAGCACGGCCACCCUCACCUCCAACCCUCAGCAGCAGCAGGCCACGGCCCAGCAGGCCACGCAGCAGGCGCUGCCUCCGCCUCAGGCCUCGGCACAAGCUGAGCCUCCGAAGGCCGCCCAGACCCCCGCCUCCAAGAAGAAGUCCACCAAGAAGGAGAAGAAGUAGAUGCCGGCAGAGAGGAGGCGGAGGCGCGAUGAAGUGAUGAGAAACCCAACCCCCCACACCCCACCAUUAGGUAUCUGCUGUCACAUGGACGCUGUUGGUGGUUCUUUGAAGAUUUUCUCCAAGAAUCCAAAUGUGCUGGAGGUUUUAGUGUUACUAACCCAUGUUGUGCUUGAAGGUCUAGUAUUGUUCAUGUAAUCUUUGUGGGUAGAUAUUUUUUGGAUGGGUAUGGGGGGUUGCUGUUGUUGUUCUUUCCCCCCCCCCAUUAUUUUCUUUAAAUGAAAAAAAAGAAAUAA